AUGACCCACUUUCCUCCAAUUAAUACGUUGCCCUUGCAGAUCGCUUCUCGAGCUGUGGUGGGUAGUAGUAAUGCCGCAAAGAAGCCGUUCGACAUCCUGUUCUUCGGUCGCGACGAAUUCUCUUGCAACGUCUUCAAGCAAUUGCACGACGCCCGAGAUGUUUGGCAGUCCAUCUCAAUUGCUACUAAUCCAGACGUGAAAACUGGUCGACGGGGUUCUCAUUUAUCGAUUUCUCCACUCAAACUACUUGGAGAAUCUCUCGAGGUUCCGGUUCACACUAUACCACGACGAAAGGUUGACUUCAGGGGUUGGAUGCCUCCCCCACCAUUUACGAGUACCGACGAAGCUCACGUCUCCGUCCCUGCCAGUGAAACUCAUCUUCUUGUUACUGCUUCCUUCGGGCGUAUUCUCCGCCCUUCACUCCUACGUCUCUUUCUGCCGGGUCAGCGACUUAAUGUUCAUCCAAGCUUACUGCCUGCAUAUCGAGGUCCGGCGCCCAUCCAGAGAGCUUUGAUGCGAGGAGAAAAUGUGACAGGUGUGUGCGUCAUUGAUAUGAUGGAGAAGAAGGAAGGAAUCGAUGCUGGAAGCGUGUGGGGCUGCGAGAGAAUGGUUGUUCCAGAAAGCGCGACAUUUCCUUCAAUGUCCGUGGAGCUGGCCCGGACCGGAGGAGAUUUACUUGUCACGGUGCUUCGGGAUAUGUUACUAGGAAGGGCCCGUAGCAUCCCGCAACCUCCCGUCUUAUCUACCACCCCUCAUGCUUCUGCAAUAUCCGCUUCCGAUGCACAGGUUGAUUUUACAUCCCAAACUGCAUUGGACAUAGUCCGACUUUCUCGCGCCAUCUCACACCAGCGUCCUAUCACGACUACAAUGCCCGAUGGACGCACUCUUCAGUUGCACCAUCUCAGUGUCUCCAGGAGCCAUGAUGAUUUAGGCCCUGUUGAGCCUGGUUGGGCAGUGUAUUCGCCACGUACACACACGGUACUCAUAAAUUGUGCUGACAGAGAGUGGCUGAGUGUUUUAAAGUUAAAGACCCAAGAUCGUGCGCUUCUGGCUGCGAAGGAAUGGUGGAAUGGAGUAAAGGGGCUAGGCCUGCUACACGAGGGUAUGCUGAAACUUCUCUAGAGAGUUCUUUCAUAUCGGUGUAUCACUUAGUCUUAGAGAAGCACUUCUCGAGCGCUUGUUACGGGGCCAGGCUUGAUUCAUAUUCAAGGAAGCACGCUGCGCAGUCCGGCAAAGGUCCGCCACAGUCCCGGGUCUAUGGAUAAUGAUUGUCACUGAAGUGCCUCGUGGGGAUGCAUGUGGUUCAGGAUCGAUUUAGGAUUGUAUCGGCUACAACCCUUGAAGAAGUGUGCAGUAGGUUUGUUCAAGUGGGUCUAAUCAUGUAUUGAAAGCCCUGCAACCCUUGAAGAAGUGUGUAGUGGGUUUGUCCGAUAAGUGUGAGCUUGGUCC